GGAACCGCUGGCUGUGUUUUUUUUUUUUUUUUGGAUGCGGUCCACGGUGCUGCUACAUGAUGAACAGAGACAGGAGCUGCUAGAGGAGCAAUCCGCAUCACUGACUAUCUGAUUUACACCGAGCAGGAAGCAACAGACACUUUACAGAAACAAACAACACAAUCACUUUAAACAUGGACACAAAACAGACCAUUAAUUUCGGUGCUGGACCUGCAAAACUACCACAGUCUGUGCUGUUCCAGGCCCAGAAAGAACUGCUGGACUACAAUGGCAGCGGAAUCAGUGUCCUGGAGAUGAGCCAUCGGUCGUCAGACUUCACCAAGAUCAUGAACACAACAGAAAACCUGUUACGGGAGCUACUGAGUAUCCCAGACAACUACAAAGUCCUGUUCCUCCAGGGGGGCGGGACGGGCCAGUUUAGUGCCGUCCCCCUCAAUCUGAUUGGUAUAAAGGAGGACAGGUGUGCUGAUUACCUAGUGACGGGCACCUGGUCGUCCAAUGCUGCCAAGGAAGCUGAGAAAUACGGCAAGGUCAACGUGGUUCACCCCAAACUGGACACCUACACCAAGAUCCCUGACCCUAGCAGUUGGUCGUUGACCCCUGGAUCGUCCUACGUGUAUUACUGCUGCAACGAGACAGUGCACGGCGUGGAGUACAACUUCACCCCCGAAACCCACGGAGCCGUCCUGGUCUCUGACAUGUCAUCUAACUUCCUGUCCCGACCCGUCGACGUUUCCAAGUUUGGGCUGAUCUUCGCUGGGGCUCAGAAGAACGUGGGCUGUGCUGGUGUUGCUGUGGUGAUCGUGAGAGAGGAUCUCAUUGGCCACGCCCUGACGGAGUGUCCCAUUGUCCUUAACUACCAAGUGCAGGCUCAGAACAACUCCCUGUACAACACACCAGCCUGCUUCAGUAUCUACAUCAUGAGUCUGGUUCUGGAGUGGAUCAAGAACAACGGAGGUGUUGACGGCAUGGAAACGCUUAACAAGAAGAAAUCCAGUAUGAUCUAUGACAUCAUCAACUCCUCCAACCACUUCUACACGUGUCCGGUGGACGUGGCGUGUCGUAGUCGUAUGAACGUUCCGUUCCGCGUGGGGAAGAAACAGGGUGACGAAACUCUGGAGAAGGAGUUCCUGGAUGGAGCCUCCAAACUGGGGAUGAUCUCGCUGAAAGGACACAGGUCAGUGGGAGGAAUACGCGCGUCUCUCUACAACGCUGUGUCAGUGGAAGACGUUCAGGCUCUGGCCAAUUACAUGAAGGAGUUCCUUAAGGAGCAUCAAUAGGAGAAGGCCAUAAAGCAUGCUGGACCAAUCAGAGCAGGCUAUGCUGUUGGAUCUGUGGGACCAGGGUUCAGUAAGGUGAAACGUUCACAACGUUACAGAUGGAGAUGCACUGAAUAGACCUGACAGCCAAUCAUAUUAUUACAUGACAGCCAAUCAAAUCAAAUUAUAUUAGUUACAUGUGCCGAAUACAACAGGUGUAGACCUUAUUGUGAAAUGCUUACUUACAAGCCCUUAACCAACAAUGCAGUUAAAAAAAAAUAUGGGUAAUAAUAAGAAAUAAUACUAACAAGUAAUUUAAGGGCAGCAGUGUAUAUGAUGUAUGGGAUACAUUUCUGUCUGACUGUUUUGUAACAUGGAACUUUCCUGAACAUGACCCCAAACUGACCCCAGACCAGUUCAGCUCACUGACCCCAGACCAGUUCAGCUCACUGACCCCAGACCAGCUCAACACACUGACCCCAGACCAGCUCAACACACUGACCCCAGACCAGCUCAACACACUGACCCCAGACCAGCUCAACACACUGACCCCAGACCAGCUCAACACACUGACCCCAGACCAGCUCAACACACUGACCCCAGACCAGCUCAACACACUGACCCCAGACCAGCUCAACACACUGACCCCAGACCAGCUCAACACACUGACCCCAGACCAGCUCAACACACUGACCCCAGACCAGCUCAACACACUGACCCCAGACCAGCUCAACACACUGACCCCAGACCAGUUCAACACACUGACCCCAGACUGUGGUGUUACUAGUAGUAGAGUCCAUGGGUUCAGGGUGCCAUUUGGGUCAGACACCAUAGUGGAUAUAGCUGUGGUGAGGUGCACUUUUUUACCAGAGUGUUAGAAAGGUAAUGUUACAACGCCUUAACCUUUUUGAUAUUGUCUCUCCUGUCGCUUGUUAACUCUAGCUGUAUCAAGUUAGUGGAUUUACUGUAGACGAUCCAAGGGCAUUUAUUUACAUGGAUAAAUGUUAUAUCUGUUUUUCUGUCUAAAGUGUUGACAUUCCAUUAAAAACUAACUCUGUAACUUG